AUGGCUCGAACCAAACGUAUGCAGGUAUCCAUCGAAGCAUUCGUGGGCUCCGAUUCCACCACACGCGUAGCUGAAGAUGUACAGUUUAAAGUACCUUUCCUGCCAUUGACGUCUCCACAAGAACCAACACCUGCAGCUUUCCGUGCAAAUGUACCGCUCUAUGAGCACCAACGUCGCUCACUGCACCGCAUGCUGCAGAUCGAGACACGUGACGAGAGCGUGGCUAAGUUCAACUUUGGUGUAUUGGACUAUUUCUCCAAAGGCGGAUGUCUGGCUGACGCUAUUGGUAUGGGUAAGACGGCCACGAUGCUUGCGCUUAUUGUAGGGGAACCGCGAGAUUAUGCGAUCGGUGCCAAUUUGCUCAUUGCACCGUCGCAUUUACUUGCGCAAUGGAAACAUGAGGUGGAAAAAUUCGUAAAGAAGGAAGAGAUUGACGUAGUGCUGGGUCUGAGACAAUAUUUGGAGCUGGUGGAGAACCCGGCGGCAAGAGCAGAUAUCUCAAACCGGAUGCUGGUGCUUGUGGGUGUCGAAGAAGCUAUCAAGUCAAGGAACCACUACUACCAAAACGGAAAACUAUACCCAACGAAGGAAAAGGGGAAGCGUAAGCCUUUGUCUGUAGAUCCCGCUGCGUUGCAAGAGUACGUGGAAGCAGCCAAGUUUGUGAACAAAGCCUAUUGCGGACCUUUGUGGGUAACCCCGUUGCAUCUGCCACAGAAACCGUGGAGACGGGUAAUUUUUGAAGAAGUGCAAGACUUGGUGCUGCCUGGAAAGAGCGCAAGAGACUGCUUCAUUCAGCUCACGCAUCGGUGCUUAAAUGUGUGGCUGAUUACCGCAACGCCCUUUUCUGGCAAAGGAGAGUCAAUGUACGCAAAUAAUCAAUUGCUGGGGUUCAAAAGGCUACGGUUGCUACCACACGACCCAGCAUUUGAUGAAAUCAAACGGAAAUUGUACCUUCGAAACUGUGCACAGGUGAAGCAACAAGCAAUCACCGAUAAGAUUAAGGUCGACGAAACGUACAUCCCUGUAAAGCUGCACCCCAAGGAGUUGCUGCUGUACAAGAUUGAGCAGCUCCUUGCCGCAAAACAAUUCGAAUACAACGUCUUUGCUCUUGGUGAUGUUGAUGUAUUGGCGGCAGGUGGAAAAGAGGGUACCACCACUACAGUUGUUCCAAAGAAGUCAUUAGGAAGCGGUAAGGAUUCGCAGCUAGGGUUGCAAUGGACAGAGCAGUACCAUUGCGCACGCCAAAGUUGUGUGCACGCUGGCAUUUCGGAUCGAGUACUUGACCGCGAGCGUGGAGGCAAGCAUAACAACUCGAUGGGCAGCCCGACACCAACGCUGGUCAAAAUUAAGAGUCCGAGUGAAGUGUUUCGUGACGAAGAUUAUCACAUGAAACGUCAAUUGGCUGUAGCGACCAAACGGAAAAACGAAGUGAAUGUGGUGGAGGCUGCAACGCGUAACACAGUUGACAUCUGUUGUGCAAUUUGCUUAAACGCGUAUGCCGAUGUGCAAGAAUGCUUUCAAGACUUGGAGAGGUCUGGUCUAAGCAAAUUCUUCAAUGAAAGCGGAGAGACUGUCGCUGGCUUCCGCAUGCUUUACAAGCACUAUCAGUUUAGUGACGACAUACCAGAGCCGACGGAGCUGCUACUGUACCACGAAAAUGAGAUUGAAGACUAUAUGCUGAAACAUUUUCGCACGAUAGACAAGGUAGAAAAACUCGCCAAGAUUAUGGAAUCUACUUUGAACGAACGGUGUCCACGCGCACGUGAUGUUGUUGAAAAGCAGUUUAAACAGGUUAGUGACUGUGUGGCGCUUAUUAGCUCAACGAAGGUUUGUAAAGAUGAAGCCGUCGAGAAAAUGCCAGUAUAUGGCAGCAAAAUAUCUGCGCUUGUACAAUACUUGAGCCGCCGGCCAACAAUUAAAGUUGUGGUCUUCACGAUGUGGAAUCAAGCACUGCGAGUUGUAGAAACGGCACUUCGUCUGGCAAACAUCACAAGUGCUGUGUUUCUCCAGCAUCAGUCAAGUGAGACCAAGUCUGCACACGUCGCAUCUUUUCACAGUGGAGACAUUCAGGUUCUUAUCUUGAACUCGCUUACAAGUGCGUCUGGAAUCAACUUGCAAGUGGCAUCUCAUGUCAUUUUCUUAGACCCGGUCGGAUUCAGUCCCAUGCAAGCCAGUGCACUGGAACAACAGGCUAUUGGUCGUGUGCUGCGAAUGGGUCAAAGAAACAAUCUCGUGACUGUCGUCCGGCUCGUUGCUGAGGACACGAUGGAGGCUACACUGUACAAUGAUAUUCACGUAGCAACAACGAAGGCCAUUGCAGCAGAUAACUCCUUCUUUAAUGGAGAACGGGAGGACGCAUACGUUUGUACCGACUUUGCAGCACCAGUCCGACGAGUAGCGCGUAUGUUUGCCCCAUCUUCAGAUGGAGCUCAGUCAUUCGAUGAGGAAUUUGAGAUUGAGGGAUCUAUGUCAAUUGAAGAAGCCAUUACUCAUCGGAUAGAGCAGGCUGUGGCAGAAGGCAACGUCUUUAAUCUUACGGAAGAUGCACCAAUGGACUUGAAGCAGCAGCUGGAUGCAGCUCGAGUCGUCUCACAUCAACGCAAGAAGCGUCGGACUCGUGAAAGGCCUGUCACGGUCGGAGCAGGAACUAUUGAUAGUGGAAACGUCGUUGUCAAAAACGAACCACAGCGUGUUUGGAGAUGCUGA